CAGGCCAUGGCGACUGAGGGGAGGCGGCUGCGAAUCGGUCGUCCACGCGCGGGGGAGGGAACGGUGGAGCGACGUCGGCACCCCCUCCCCCAGCGCCCCGGGCGGGAUGAGGGUCUCGGGCUGAGGGGCGGGCGGUGUUGGGACGCGCGUGCGCGCCCGCGGACGCUGGGGAGGGCUGGCUCGGCCGUCGCUCGCGCGCCCCCUGGACUCCCUUCCCCUCCCCCACCGCGCUGCUGCGCCCGCGCGGACACCGGCUGUGGGGGAGGGGGUCCGCGGCGCGCGCGCGCCCGCCCCUCGCGGAGCAGCCGCUGGCGCGCGCUGAACCAAAUCGAUUCACGGGGGCGCGCGUUCGACGGGAGCACGCGACGUCGGAACCUGGCCCGGGGGCGGCGAAGGAAAAGCGCGCGAGCGGCCUCGGCGCGCGCGCCCCACCCAAGGGCUGUUCCUGUCUCCGCGUCACCCUCCCUCGGCUGGCGGGCCUCCGGCGUGGCGGUCUCCGAUGGUGUCAUCAAAGUGUUCAAUGACAUGAAGGUGCGCAAGUCCUCGACACCAGAGGAGGUGAAGAAGCGCAAGAAGGCAGUGCUUUUCUGCCUGAGUGAGGACAAGAAGAACAUCAUCUUGGAGGAGGGCAAGGAGAUCCUGGUGGGUGAUGUGGGCCAGACUGUAGACGACCCCUACGCCACCUUUGUCAAGAUGCUGCCAGACAAGGACUGCCGCUAUGCCCUCUACGACGCAACCUAUGAGACCAAGGAGAGCAAGAAGGAGGACCUGGUGUUUAUCUUCUGGGCACCUGAGUCUGCACCCCUCAAGAGCAAAAUGAUUUAUGCCAGCUCCAAGGAUGCCAUCAAGAAAAAGCUGACGGGGAUCAAACAUGAAUUACAAGCAAACUGCUACGAGGAGGUCAAGGACCGCUGCACCCUGGCAGAGAAACUGGGGGGCAGUGCCGUCAUCUCCCUGGAGGGCAAGCCUUUGUGAGCCCCCUCCAGCCCCCUGCCUGGAGCAUCUGGCAGCCCCAGACCCUGCCCAUGGGGGUUGCAGGCUGCCCCCUUCCUGCCAGACCGGAGGGGCUGGGGGGAUCCCAGCAGGGGGAGGGCAAUCCCUUCACCCCAGUUGCCAAACAGCCCCCCUCACCCCCUGGACCUUCCUCUUCCCUCUAUCCCUGACGGUUCUGGCCUUCCCAAACCGCUUCUGAUCUUCUGAUUCCUCUUGGGUUGAAGCAGACCAAGUUCCCCCCAGGCACCCCAGUUUGGGGGGUCCUGUAUUUUUUUUAACGACACCCCAAUUCCCCACCUGUUCCUCCCUUUUCCCAUGCUGCCAACUUCUAACCGCAAUAGUGACUCCGUGCUUGUUUGUUUAGUUCUGUGUAUAAAUGGAAUGUUGUGGAGAUGACCCCUCCUUGCGCCGCCUGGUUCCCCUCCCCUUUUCCCCUGGUCUUGGCCACCCGUGGAAGCAGGACCAGUAAGGGACCUUCAAUUAAAAAAAAAACCAACACACACACAACAAUAAAAAGGCUCACUAAUGGGA